CCGCUUGUCAGUCAAUUGUUUCUACCCAGGUAUGGGCGCGAGACAACUGAGCCACGUUGACUUCGCUGUAUUUUGGGGGUUCAGAGGAACUGUUGCUGUAGUCUAUCGGUCUUUUGGUCGGCGCACUACGGAACUCAUCAGUUUAUUAGUAUAAUGAGCGUGGGUUUCAUAGGAGCGGGUCAGCUGGCCCACGCUCUUGUAAGGGGCUUCACAGCAGCAGGCGUGAUUGCCACCCACAGAAUCACAGCCAGUUCCCCGGACACAGACCUCCCUACGGUCCAGGGGCUGCGGAAAUUGGGGGUCAAUUUCACCACCAGCAACAAAGAGACGGUCAGCAAAAGCGAUGUCCUCUUCUUAGCUGUGAAGCCAAACAUCAUUCCCUUUGUACUGGAUGAGAUUGGACCAGACAUUGAAGAUCGUCACCUUAUUGUGUCAUGCGCUGCAGGAGUCACCAUCAGCUCGAUAGAGAAGAAGCUGUAUCAGUAUCGCCCUGAUCCGAAGGUGAUGCGCUGCAUGACCAACACUCCAGUGGUGGUGCGUGAGGGGGCCACUGUGUACGCCACAGGCACUCAUGCACUGGUGGAGGAUGGGAGGCUACUGGAGCAGCUGAUGGCCAGUGUGGGAUACUGCACUGAGGUGGAAGAGGACCUGAUUGACGCUGUAACGGGCCUCAGUGGCAGCGGCCCUGCUUACGCGUUCACAGCUGUGGAUGCUCUUGCUGACGGUGGAGUAAAAAUGGGCCUGCCUAGAAGAUUAGCUGUACGCCUCGGAGCCCAAGCAUUACUGGGGGCUGCUCGAAUGCUGUUAGACUCAGAUCAACACCCUGGGCAGCUCAAGGACAAUGUGUGUUCACCAGGAGGCGCCACCAUCCACGCCCUGCACGUCAUGGAGAGCGGCGGCUUCCGCAGCCUCCUGAUCAAUGCUGUAGAGACGUCCUGUGUGAGGACGAGAGAACUUCAGUUUUUGGCCGACCAAGAGAAAAUCUCCUCUGCCGCCAUAAAGAAGACAACUCUGGACAAAGUGUUGCAGCAGCCAGGAGUGACUGCAGAAACUGUUAAUGUCAGAUCUGGUGGGAUCAGUAUGUUCAACAGCAGUAACCCCAAGAUCAAGAAGAAGUGAUUGGUUUUUUUGGGUCACAUUUGAAAACAAUGUUUAUAUGAUGAUACCUUUACAUCGGUGACAUCAUCAGAUGCAGUAUAAGCUAUAAACAACUACUGGCAAGUGAUUGUUGAAGGCUAACCUAGAGGGUUACUUUCUUGAACUAAAUGAACACAUACAUUUGAGAUAAAGGUGUGAAAUAUAUAAGAGAUAUUUUAAUGUAAGGGAAUGCCUUUUCUUUAUAAGAGUUAAAAGUUUUAUAUUUUGAAUUGGUGCUCUCCCCACUUAAGGUUUGAUUUCUGUGCUGUCGCACCACUUUCAGGAUAAGUAAGUGGACAAAAAAAAUACUUCUACUAUUGAAUGUGAAAGACUACUUUAAAAAAAACGUAUUUAAAUCAGUUCUUUGGGACGGUGGUGAUGGAUGAAAAUGUUGGGCUUACUACAUAACUGCAAUUCAGUGGUAUGCGAUGAUGCAGAAAAGCACCAACCAGGGAUUUUCUGGAAGAUGUUUAAUUGAUCAACUUGUGUUUAUGCAGUGUGAUCAUUUUCUAACACCUUUUUUUUUUUUUUUUUUUUUUUUUUUACAAACGCUGUAUU